AUGUGGGGCCCCACUCUGAACGCGCUGUCUCAGCGGCGAGGAGGUUUGCUAGCGGUGACUUCGUAUUCACCAGGGGAGCUGGUCAGGGAGGAGAAGCUUCUUCGACGUCUUUGGCCUCUUUGCAUCUCGCCUGCGUCGCCCGAUCUGAAGGAGAUCCUGCUCACGAUGCGGGCGGGCCAGAGACACACGCUGCAACGGAAUGCGGGCGCGACGACGCUGCGGGGCGAGGAGGUCAGCCUGAAACGCGGGGAUGUUCUCGAGUUUGUCAGCGGAGCAGCCGGACUGCAUGUGGUUUGCAGGGAGACGCUGCUUUACGUUGGACCAAACCUGACACCGGGCCGGAACCGAAACUUCGGGAAGCUGCUCCUACGGAUGGGCUUGCCGGCGCGAGAGGUU